AUGACCGACGAAAUGUCAUCUUCACAGACCCAAUUAUCUUCCGCCUCCUCCUCCACCUCCGCUUCCCCCGCGAAACUGUGCUCCAAAACCUACAAAAAAGCCUCUCAACUAUACUUGACGCGGCGGCUACCAGAUUCGCUGGAAUCGCUCCAGCCUAUUCUUACCAUACCGUCAUCACAAGAUGAGCAUCUGACGAAUGGCGAUCAUUCUGCUGCGGUCGCAACGAUUGCCACAGCUCCCAGCACCUGGAGAAUCAAGGUCUGGAAUCUCUAUAUCACUCUGCUCAGCGCCAUUGUGGACCUCGGUGCGGAAGAAGGCAAGGUGCAGUUUGGUCACAAGGAGUGGAAAGCGAUCGCGACGCAAGUGCGCGAAGGUGGUAUCUGGGAGAAUGUCGUACAAAUUGGAUAUCGGGGCCAAGAAGGCUCGGUCGAUGCCGAGGUUGUCUUUAAUCUGGCAACCCUGAUUCUAAACCACUCGUCUUCCCAAGCGCUGAAUCAACAACGCCUCGAAACCUACCUGUCGUCAUAUGGGCAACCCAACCUAGAUCUUACAGAUCGCCUACAGGAUGCAUCGAACGGACUGCAGUCAAGUCACAUCACCACUGGUAACGGGACACAUACCCCCAAAGAUCUGAAUGCCCGAGUCAGGAUCAUCGAAAUAUUCACUCUGCAUGUGCUGCCACGAAAUGGAGAAUGGGACUAUGCGCAAGAAUUCAUCAAUCUCAGCGAGGUUCUGGACGAGGAACGUAAGGAAUUGUUCCUCCAAACAUUGGAAGGUCUCAAGGAGGAAAAAGAGCGGGGCGAGAUGCGCGCCGCAGAGCUGCAGCGUCAGAAAGAUCUCGAGCUCGAGCGACAACGAGAAGAUGAGCGGAGACAGGCCGAGGAAGAAGCUGCACAAGCCGCAGCAGCGUCAACAAACGGGCACAAACGUAACGCCAGUGAAGUGGAUUAUGGGAUUGAUAAGAGCGGCUCACGCAGCAAAGCAAAAGGGUCAACCAAGUCUGGGGAGAAACUUACGUCGAGUAGCAAAGGUGGUUCCCGGUCAUCCUUGUCGUCGAAUUCCAAAAGCUCGAAAAAAGCAGGUCAAGGCUCAGCCCCGAAGCCAAGCACAGGCCACCGCGAAUAUGCUUCGCAACCUCUUCGCGAAGAUUGUUCAACGGAUAUCGGGCAACCCUAUGUCAAUAGCACGUACCUUGCUCUUUCUCCUCGGCAUUUUGAUGGCUAUGAGCAGACAAGAAUUACCGGCUCGGCAUGGCAGAAGGUCAAGGGCACUGUUGGGAUGGGUGUUAAAGUGAGCUACAUCUGA